UUUAUAAUCACAAUGAAUUUUUACCAUGGAAGUCUUACCUACGUUUUUUCUGCAGGGAGCAACAUGGGGUCAGUCUUAAGCAGAAACAAGGAAACUAAUGGUUAUAAGUUAAUGAGAUUAAUUGUUGAUAGUGGUGGAGAAGCUUUAAGAAUAACAUUGAGGAAACAACUGUCAGGUACUGAUUUAUUUUAUGUUUUAAAUGACACAGCAAAUUAUGAUAAGCUUUUGUUGCUAAAAGAUAAGCAAAUAAAGCAACAUCAAUGGGAUCUACUGUAUCCUCCUCCUCCAAUAUUACCAAAUGAAAAUAAGUUUGACGUUACUUUACUUUGUAUUCUCCUACGUAAUAUUUGUGGUUUAAAACCACCACGUGAUCCAAUAUGGACGUCAGUAAAUGCACCCAAUGAUCAUUCAACUGAAGCAGAUAUUACCCGUAUCAGGUUAUUUCGUAAUGAUCGUUUUGCUCACUUACCUAACACUUCAGUAAGCUCUAAUGACUUUGAAAAUUUUUGGGUAGAAAUAAGCAAACCAUUAGUUCGUUUAGGAAUAAGUCAAGAAGAUAUCGAUAGAUUGAAAAAUGAGUUGUUUGGUAAUGAAGAAAUUGAAAGAAUUUUGAGAGAAUGGGGUGGAUUAAAGAGCGAUUUAACUGAUAUUAAAACUGAUCAGAGAGGUAUUAAGAAAACAAUGCAGGGUCUAGAGAAAGAUUUACAACAGGUAAAAGACAGUGUCAGAGUAAUUAAAGACGAAGUACAUGAAAUACGACGUCACCCUCAUUUAGGUCCAGAAGAAGAUAUUUUGACAAAAAACCUUGUUAGCUGUAACUUUGAAUGUGAAAUUAGGCAUCAUUAUGAAAAAUUUUUAGAGGGAACACGGGAAUGGGUUUUUGAUGAGUUUUUAGAUUGGUUUGAAGACGACAAUUCUCAAAAUCGUGCACUUAUUAUUUCUGCUGUUGCUGGUAUGGGUAAAUCUGUAAUUGCAGCUACUUUAUGUAAACGUUAUCCACAAUAUUUGACUGCAAUUCAUUUCUUUCAACACAAAAACAGUCGUUACAAUAAAGCCAAUUUACUUCUUCAAUCUUUAGCGAGGCAAAUUAGUCGUAAUUUUCCUGCUUACAAACAACUUCUUGUGGAAAAACUUUCGGGUAAACUCUCUCAGCCUUUGGAUGACAUGAAUGUGGAAGGAUUAUUUUCUUUUCUUUUCACCGAGUUGUUUUAUAAUAUCUCAGAAGUUCCCAAGCGAAUGUUAGUUGUGCUUGAUGCUCUUGAUGAAUGUGGUUAUCCAGAAAGAGAUGACCUUGCUUAUUUGCUUGCUAAUCACUUACACAAACUUCCGCAUUGUUUUCGCUUUGUAAUUACCACGAGACCUAACGAAGUUGCUUUGAAUCAGUUCGAAAAAUUAAAGCCACUGUUCAUUAACUGUAACGAUUAUCGCAAUUUAGAGGAUAUUAAAUUUUUGAUUGAAGAAAGAAUUGGCUCUACUGACAGCCUUCCUGAUUUUAAAAACAGUUUGGCAGAAAAAGCUGACGGACUUAUGCUGCUUGCAUCACUUCUUAGCAGCGAAGUUAAAAAUCAGGAUUUGAUGAAUGCGUCCAUACCAAAAGACCUCAAUGAAUAUUACGAAAUUUGCUUAACAAGAUUGAGUAAGGAAUUAGAUUCGUUUCAUAUCAGUAACGAAAUGUUUCAGUCAAUUUUAAAUAGUUUGGCUGUUGCUAAAGAACCUCUUCCUUGGGAAAUGAUCAAUGACGUUCUUUGUUUGAAUUCGAAUCGCAUUUCACUUGGGGUUAGAAAAAUUAUCUCUUGUCUUUUUGUUACCAAUGGAGAAGGAUGUGUUUCGUUUUUUCACAAAUCUUUAAAUGAUUGGUUGUUGGAUGAUCAAAAACAUGAUUACUCAGUAAAAACUUCUUGUGGUCAUCGACUUGUUUUAGAAGUUUGUUUAAAAUCCUUAAAUAACCUCAAAGCAAAAGGUGUAAACUAUGACGUCAUUAAACAUGCGUCAGUGAAGUAUUCAGUCAAGUAUUGGUUGCUUCAUUUACUUGAUAUUUCUGAUAAUGAUUAUAUCGUUGAAAAUGUUGGUAAAUAUCUCGUUGACUUAGAAGUUUUAGUUGCUUCUGUGUUGGUUGAUAGUCGUCGGACUUUUGAAAAUUUUAAAUUAUUCAACGCACAUGGUGUGUACUUUCAUAUUUCUGACGACGUUCGAUUGUUAUUUAAUGAAGUUUAUUCUGUAAUGAUGUUCUCUGACAAUGAAGUAAAUUUUUUGCAACACGUUGCCAACGAAGUCAAAGAUCUGUCGUCUCAAGCCACCACAAUGCUUCAAACACGUUUCAAAGAUUUACCUUAUCUAGAGUACAGAGUCACGGGUUUUGUAAAGUCUCGAUUAUUACGUUUAUAUGCAAAUUUGAAGUCUGUUGAUGUUUCACGAAAUCAUGAUUACGUCGUCUGUGGUUAUUAUGAAUUCGUCGUGCAACUUUUUUCAUUGAAAACAAACAGAUGUUUAUGGAUAAAAAAUAUUGCUGGUCAGCUUAAGCAAUAUAAAGAGAGAAAAUUUUGCGUUGUCUUUCAUCCAUUCGAAGAUUUAAUUUUCGCUUCCCAGUUUGAUAAGAUACUAGAUAUUAAUGGUAAAAUUUCCUCCAGUCCGUUCCAUUGUGAUGAUUGUACUUCUAAGUUCUUUACCAACAAAUGUUUUUCUAAGGAUAAGUACACAAUGGUCACUAGUUACAAAGAUACUUUGACAGUAUGGGACGUUGAGAAAGGUGAGAAGAAACGCAGUAUUAGAUGUAAUAAUGUGACCUCACUGUGCUUUUCUAAUUCUGGAAGAUAUUUGUGUGUUCUUGAAAGAAAAGUGGUUCAAAUAUUUGAUGUAGCGAAUAAUUAUGAAAUAUUUGUUCACGAUGAUCAUUUACUGUCUGGUAAUUUAAGUGAGCCUGGUGUUUUGUGCACUGUUGGUCUUCAUUCUUGGCGUUGUGGUUGGCCUCCUUUCUUCCGGAGUGAACCUUUCAUUGUAAAUCCCACUGGUGAGAAACUUUCUGACUUAGAUCUUAAUUGCCAAACUUCGUUUUUUCCUCUUGAUCCUUUCGAUGGCAACAGAUAUAGCUUUUCCUUUCAUAGAGAAAGAAUGUAUUAUUUCAUUUUAAACAACGACAAUGUUCUUUUGUUUGAAUACGGACGUGACUUUUAUCUUUAUUCAAUUCCGCGUGCAUGUUUAACUAACAGUUACAGUGCUCGUAAAAGGAAAGUUUCUUUAAAUGGAAAAUUUCUGUAUCGGAGGAAUAAAGAAAAAUCAAGGGUAAUUAUAUACAAUCUCAACACAUUUGACUGUGUUGUCAAGGAAUGUAUUUUUAGAGACAUUGUUGCUGUGGAAAAUGGAGUUAUUUUGCUUACGGCAAAAAAGAUUCCUGAGCUUUGGAAUAAUGAUUUGACAAAACUUGUUUAUACUUUCGAUGAACAAAAAGGUACAAAGAAAAUUUUUGAGGUAAAUGAUGUAUCAUUUGCUUGUCAAAAAGCUGAUUCUUUUGUGUUUUACAAUGUUGAAACCAAGCGAAAAGAAAUAUCAGUGAAUUUUGAAAAUUAUCGAAAGGUGCACGUAUUUGCAUGUAGCUCUAAGUAUCACGUGUUUACUAAGGUUGAUUUUAAGGAUAAGAUAAUUUACUGUAUGUGGUAUGAAGAAAAACAAGUUAUUGGUUGGGAUGACAUAAUUAGAGAUGAAAUCGCCAAAGUAAGGGGAGAUAAAGAUAAUUUCAUGUGCAGUAUUCAUUACGCAGAAUUUUCACCUUCAGCAGAUAAAUUAUUAAUAAGUGUUAUGCGUAAUAAUGUGAAAGUAUUUGACGCUAAAAACAUACAAAUUAUUUAUAGUUAUACUUUUAACGUUAAGCCAAGGUUUUUGUUCGUUGAUGAUAGGUAUAUAUUUAGUGAUCACUUAAACUUGAUUGAUUUGAAAUAUUUUAAGAUUGUAGAAUUACUUUUCCCGCUUGUGAAAAUAUCGCCAAGAACUUUAUAUUACUGUCGUAAACGCAAACUUGCUUUAAUUUUUUCUUCCUUAAAGGUCCCAGUACAAUGCGUAAAAGUUAUCUUGCCACGAGAAUAAAUUUUAUCUUUGAAGAUAAAAUUUCUCACCAUUUUUGAUAAUGACUAUUCUAUCUUUUUUUUGUUGAUGAUAGGUAUAGAAUUAGUGAUGACUUAGAUUUGCUUGAUUUGAAAUAUUUUAAGAUUGUAGAAUUACUUUCCCGCUUAUGACUAUAUUUCCUUAUAAAUUAUAUUACUGUCGUAAACGCAAACUUGCUUUAAAGUUUUCUUCCUUAAAGGUCCCGCCACAAUGCUUAAAAAUCAUCUUGCCACGAGGAUAAAUUUGAUCUUUGAUGUUAAAAUUUCUCACAAUUUUAAAUAAUGACCAUAUUAUCUUUAAAAAAUCUGAAGUUAAUCUUUAAGCUGAAGUUAAUCAAUUAAAGAUUAAAAUUCAAUCAGUAUAUAUACAAACCAUAAACACAAAUGAUUUCGUGUCUAAGAUAAUAAUUUUCCUUCCACAAGAAAAUAAUUUUAUUGACUUUUAUUUUAUCACGCAAACCUAUAAAAUGCAAACUAUUGUUAGUUACUGUAACAUUGGUUAUAUUUUGUUUAUAUCUACACCAUGUAAACAUAUAAUUUUCAUGCAAAGAAAUUCAGUGUAGGAUGGUUUUAAUAUUGCACGUUUUUUGAUACUCAUUUACACAAAAAACAAGUUGUUACUAAUUAAAUCAACACUAUCUUGCACUGAAAUAAUUUCUUAAUACUUUUUAAUUAUUGCAUUUUGAUAUACAAAAUAUCUAUGUGUUAAGUUUUAAGAGAGUCAAAGACAGCCCAAUUGUUACUUCUGUUAUAUGAAUAUUUUCAUCUUUAUCAAUUUGAAAAAUGUAAAUUUAUAAUAAAACAAUGCUAACUUUCAAGAAAAACUAAAAAUUUGGCUGUCUUUCUCACUAAAUGUUAAAAAGUAAAUCGUAAACUCCACAAGAAAAUGACUUAUGAUUGACGUUCAUCAUCGUGAUAAACAAUUUAGCCAUUGUGACUGAACACCCCAAACCGUAUGAAUAGGAAAAGUUAACAAAAGUCAAAGAAAGUUUUGCAAUAUAAAGAAACAGAAAACAAACGACAAUGUCGCAUAUGGAAGGAUGUGUAAUGACAAGAUUUAUUUAUCAAUAAAAAAUCGAUAUCAAUUAUUGUUAAAGUUUGAACACUUUUACUUUGUGAAUCGAUACUUUAUGGAAAUUGUUUUUUAACAACAUCAACUCAAACAUCAGUGGACAUACUGCAAGUUACUUUGCCAAAGUUUGAUAUGCUUAUGGCUUGGCUGUAAAACUCCAUCGUCUACUCUUAAUUCAAACGAUACUACAAGAAGGAGAAGCUUUAUUUCAGGAAGUGACGUAAUGAAAGAAAAGACAAAUUUAUGUACCGUUGUUUACUGUGGAUUUAUUCUUCUACUUUGUAACAUCACCCAAUGCGUCACGUGUUCAUUGAAAUGUCAUCUGUUAUCAAAAUUUGAAGAUAUGAAGUUUUACAUUUUUAAAAUGAUGAAGCUGGCUGUUCACUUUGUUCAAUUUUUUAUAAAACUGAAGAGUAAAAAUUAUCAUCUCAUGUGGACGUUUUGAUGUGAACAUAACGCAUAAGUAAUCAUGAGAGUGAAUAAAAAGAAUUUCAUUUUAUUACAUUGUGGCUAUUGGAGAUGGCUAAAGGGAGUUUUUGCUGCAUCUAUAAUUGAUGCUGCUUCUUGAUACAAACACACUGUCAUUGUGAAUAUCAUGACACUUAAUUGCCUUAGCGCGUGCUCUGAAAUAUAUAUGUACUUGAAUGAUACUAUAACAUUUGUGAUAUGAAUUAAGAUCUUAACAGCAACAUGUCAUGAAAAUUCAAAGUAAACGUCAACUAUGGAUGGUUGUAGAAUAAAAGUGAUCAGUUUAGUUCAUAUAAAUGGUCAACAAAUCAUUCACAACAAAGUAAGUUCAACAUCUAAGAACUACAUCAAGUUAUGAUAACGAAAACUAUGGAAAAAUUUAAACUUCUUUCUUUUUCAAGAUGUCAUAUUUCUAAAUCCACUGUGUUUUAUUUUUUAUAUAGUGAACAAUUUUAGAUCCUUAAAUUUAAUUCAUAUUGUUGUGUACAUAUCUACGUAUAGUGAAUAACAUCCCAUAAACGGACAUCUACCGUAAGCAGACAUUAGGUCGUGGUCUCUAGGAUGUCCGUUUACGAGUAGCUUGACUGUAUAUAUGCAGACUUUUCAUUACUGCACUUUUUCUUUACGUUUCUAGAUUUUUCUUUUGCUUUUUAAAUUUUAAAUGCUAAAUAAAUGAAGUGCUGAAACAAUUGUAGUUGCUAUUUUAAAGACUGGUUGGAAUUCAUUCAUUUAGCACUUAUAAAAAAUUAUUUAGAGAACUUUCUUUUGCGCAGUGUUUUGUCAAACUUUGUUUUUUAAUACAUAUUAACAUAGUUUUAUUAUAUUAGUAUGUUAAUGUAGGAAAUAAUCGUUGUAUAAAUAUGUUUUCUACAAAAUUGUUACAAUAUAUGUGUGUUGAUCUA